AUGACGGCUGUGGAUUUGGACCCAGUGUUUGUAAAAGCUCUAAAGUUUCUGCAUUCAAAGGCCAAAGAUAGUGGGGCACAAUUAAAGGCAUUGCUGGAUGAUGCAAUUGCUCAGCGCAAAGGUCUUAAGGCUCCAGGUCACAGUGGAGAUUUGGGGAAAUCAAGCCCAGGCCGAUCCAAGAGUGAUGAGGAUUUGAAGAGAAAAGAAGCAGAAAAGAGAUUGGCAGAAAGG